AUGGUGCUCUUCGUCCUAUAUAUCAAGGCGGAUCUGGAGAAUGUCGAGACACUAGAAGCACCGGCGUUACAUCGUUGGUGUCUAAACGUAAAAGAGCCACGUGGUGACGAAAAGCGUGAAGGUGUUUUUGUAUCGGAUGAAGAGGUUGUGGACGUGGCGGGUGGACGAGGCGAGGUGCAUUUUACAAUCAAGUGGCCAGGUGCCAACAAGUUGUCACAGUUGACAGUCAUACGUGAUGUAAAGAAAUUGACACGUCCGAUCGUGGCGUCUGAUUCGGGUGAUUUUGUCCCAUUUGUUGGCUUUGAUUGCCGUGGAUUAGAGCCGUAUCAAUGGCAUCCAGAGAAUGGUUAUCGUGUCAUUUCUGCAGGACGUCAUACGGCUUUUGAUGAUGUCGACUUGAGUGAUGAUUGGGCAGAUUAUGACGAGGAAGGAGAACAGUCUGUUGGUAUCUACGGACUCGAGUACAAGUUUGAGGUGCACAAGUAA